AUGGAAGAGCUUUGUCAAUAUACUGAAAGUUGGGACCAAAUGUAUACAAAGCAGUAUGUUCAGUGCCGAAACACAGAUCCUGUUCCUAAACAAAGGUACCAAGCAAACGCCCGCGAGCGAGAUCGUACACAAAACAGCGUGAACAUGGCGUUCAACGCGCUGCGCCUGCUCAUCCCGACGGAACCUCCAGACAGAAAACUCAGCAAAAUUGAGAUUCUUCGACUCGCUGGCAGUUAUAUUACACACCUAGAUAACCAACUGUACACGGGAGACAUGGAAAGACCCUGUUUACGGAAUAACGAUUACGAACACAAAAAUACAUCCUUGUGUACCUUUUGUUGGUCUACUGUCAAAAAAGAAAAAUCUGCAGCAAUGGUGACAAAUUUAUUUACCGGAUCAUUGUAA